UACGCAGGGCCGGAGCAUUAAUCCAAUCCCCUCAAACUCUGGCUGUUGUUGUCGAUUAAUGGAGCUAGUGGGCGUGUCUGUUUAAAAUAAACUAUUUCAUACCGCGCGCAGGGCUAGUUUGCAACCACUACUACCAAAACCAGAUUGCAGCGAAGAACGAGACGGACAUGUUGGAGAGCCGGAGAAAAGAUGCUGCGCAAAACGGUGCAGAGCCACACGUGGCCAGACCAAAUGUUGGCAACAGGGUGACUGUAGUGCUAGGGGCUCAAUGGGGCGACGAGGGCAAAGGGAAAGUUGUGGACCUACUCGCUCAGGACGCCGAUAUUGUUUGCAGAUGCCAGGGUGGUAACAAUGCAGGACACACGGUGGUGGUGGACUCUGUGGAGUAUGACUUCCACCUUCUACCCAGCGGCAUUAUCAACCCCAAGGUCACUGCUUUCAUUGGUAACGGGGUAGUGAUCCACCUGCCUGGCCUCUUUGAGGAGGCUGAGAAGAAUGUGGGCAAAGGCAAAAGUCURGUGGGCUGGGACAAGAGGCUGAUCAUUUCAGACCGAGCACACAUUGUGUUUGAUUUCCAUCAAGCGGUCGACGGUGUGCAAGAGCAGCAGAGACRAGAGCAAGCGGGCAGGAACCUCGGAACAACAAAAAAGGGGAUUGGCCCGGUGUACUCAGCCAAAGCAGCCCGCAGCGGCCUCCGGAUAUGUGACCUCAUGUCUGACUUCACGCUGUUCUCUGAAAGAUUURAAGUCUUAGCCUCGCAGUACCAGWCUAUGUACCCGACCCUGGUGAUUGACAUCGAUGGAGAGUUGUCCAAGUUGAAGGAUUACGUGGAGAAGUUAAAGCAUAUGGUGAAAGAUGGCGUCUUCUACAUGUACGAGGCCCUACAUGGACCUCCCAAAAAGAUCCUGGUAGAAGGAGCCAACGCUGCCCUCUUAGAUAUUGACUUUGGAACGUACCCUUUCGUGACCUCGUCUAACUGCACAGUAGGCGGGGUGUGCACGGGCCUAGGCAUGCCACCUCAGAACGUGGGUGAGGUGUACGGCGUGGUCAAGGCCUACACCACCCGGGUUGGCAUCGGAGCCUUUCCCUCUGAGCAGUUCAAUGACGUUGGGGAGCUCCUGCAGACGAGGGGGAAAGAAGUGGGUGUGACCACGGGCCGUAAAAGGAGAUGCGGUUGGCUGGACCUCGUGCUCAUCAAAUAUGCCCACAUGAUUAACGGCUUCACUGCCUUAGCUCUCACCAAACUAGACAUCUUGGAUGUGCUCCCUGAGAUCAAAGUUGGUGUGUCAUACUCUGUGGACGGUGAAAAUAUACCUCAUUUUCCAGCCAACCAGGAAGUCUUACAAAGUGUUGAGGUUCAGUAUGCCACCCUGCCAGGUUGGAACAGUGACACCUCUGCCGUCAGAACGUUCGAUGAGCUGCCAGAGAACGCCCAGAAAUAUGUCCGCUACAUUGAGGAGCACCUCGGUGUGCCCGUGAAAUGGAUUGGAGUCGGAAAAUCUCGGGAGUCCAUGAUCCAGAUCUUCUAAGAGCGUCUCCUCCAAACCCUCAGUCCCCUCUUCCUACCUCCAGAUGGCUGCCUGGUUCCAGGGGCCUGUGGCCUGGGAAGGUGGUCUAUGCUGCAUGACMCCCCCCCCCCCCCCCCCCCCUCAUUGGAGACUCUUCAAAAUUGCCUCUGGUCAUUAAGAUGGAAGUACACUUCAGCUACAUCUCUUACUCCCCAUGUAUGGUUUGUAACCCUAACCCCCUCUUCUGGCCUUUCUGGAUCUGCUCUUCUGCCACACUUGCACAUGCACUACACACACACUCAUAUCCAUUCAAUAUCCCCAUAUUCCAACUUCUGAUCCAGAUGUGUGACACGCUGUCAUUCACCUGUCUACAAGCCAAUGUCAGAUUGUUCAGUAUGACCAUAUGUGCAGUGGAACUUGGUUGAUUCAUUAACCGAUGUUUUGUGGCUGUAGUGUGAUGAAAUCACUUGUGCCCGUUUGUGUAGAUGUAUUCUUUAUACCUAGCAUGGCCAUGAAACAGCCCUCUAGCAACUACAGAUUCCACGUGUUCUGCAUGGACAACGGUCCCUGACGAUACCAGUCUCUGUAUUCAAAUUGGAUAAUUGCAGAAAAUGUAGAAUCUGUUUGUUGUUACAAAGACCUUGUUCCCAGCAACAUAGCUGGAACAAAGCCAUUAUGCAAGAAAAUAGAUUUAGGUUCCAUUACAAUCUUAAAUGGGCCUUUUGGAGGCGUCGCAAUCAAACAACCUCUCAUUAAUUUCCCUCUCAUUAAUUUCCCCAGUUGACUAGAAAUGUUGUCUCAUUUACAUUUACAUUUUUUUACAUUUUAGUCAUUUAGCAGACGCUCUUAUCCAGAGCGACUUAC